AUGUCAUUUCCACCAGCCGCUUGGCGCGAGUGUCUGGGCGUUGCCAGUUGCUUGUCUGCUCCACAGCCAGCCUCUGCGGAGUCCCAAGUCCGAAGUCCGGCUUCCCCAGGCCCUGCCUGCGUCCAGCCCCUGGGGGAGUGGGCAUCUGGAGGGACGUCCGGGCCGGAGGGACGGGAGUUGGGGCCGUGGGCAGCUCGAGCGUUCUGCGGGGUGGCCAAGCUGGAGCUGGAAGCGGACUUCCGUGGGGCCGGGCCUGCGGGGCAGCGGCCGCACCAGGACGAGGCCCGGGCAGAGAAUGCGACAAAGACGGAGACCGUGGAGGGCUCCCGGCGGAGCAGCGGCGGCCAGCGCCUGCUGCGCUGGUUCACCACCUCGGCCGUGUAUCUGGCCUUCCUGGGGCUGGGAAUGAGUAUUGCUAUACUGGGACCCACAUUUCAAGAUCUGGCCACUAAUGUGAACCGCAAUAUCAGCAGCCUUUUGCUAAUAUUUGUUGGCCAGGCCUCUGGAUUUUUGUGUGGC